CAUUCGCGAACGAGAGACCAAAAUGUAUAUUUUUUUGCUAUUGGUAUUUGGUGUUCUUUUAGCUUUUUGGAAAUAUAAUACAAUAAAUAAGGGUUAUUGGAAAAAACGAGGAGUGAACACUCAAAUAGAGGGAACAACCUUUAAGUUUCUAAUUGGCAAUUGUUCUCUGUCAGAGCACUACAAGAAGAUUUAUGAUGAACAUCCCAACGAAGAAAACAUUGGAAUUUUUCAAGGAUCGCGACCGGCCAUUAUUCUUAGAAAUUUGGAAAACAUGCAGUUUGUUUUGUCAGGAGACUUCCUAAACUUUUACUCCCGUGGGUUGACGACGAACCCGGAGGACACGCUGGCCGACAACGUGCUGUUCAUGGAGGACUACGAGCGCUGGAAGCUGGUGCGCCAGAAGCUGUCGCCCGUCUUCACCAGCCUGCGCCUCAGGAACAUGUUCUACAUAGUGGAAAGGUGCGCCAGCGACUUCGCUAAACUGUUGGAAGAAAAUGAAGAGUUCAGGCAAAAGCCUUUUAAUGCUUGUUACACGUACACGACGUCCGCUCUCGGCGCUUCGGUGUUCGGCAUCGACACGGCGGUCAACACCAUGCACUCGCCCUUCCUGGAUAUGGCUUGGAAGUCGCUGGAGCCCACCUUCAGAGCUAACUUCAGGUUCUUUUUAUCGAACACGUUUCCAUUUUUGUUCAGGCUCUUUAAAUUAAAAGCGUUUGCGGAGCACGAAGAUUUCUUUAUAAACGUCGUUAGAAAAAUGUUGGCGAACCGACGUGUCGACACGAGAAAGCAUUACGAUUUCAUAGAUAUUUGUUUGGAAUUACAAAAUGCGGGAACGAUGCACGACCCGACCACGGGGUACAGCCUGGAGCCAACGGACGAGAUCCUGGCCGCGCAGGCGUUCUUCUUCUUCAUCGCCGGCGCCGACACGUCAGCGAACACGAUGCACUUCACGUUACUAGAGCUGUCAAAUAAUGUCAAAAUAUUAAAGAAAGUGCACGAAGAAAUCGACAAAGUUUUCGACGAAUGCGGUGAAAGAUUGACUCAUACUGACCUUGAAAAUUUGGGGUACUUAGAUAUGGUGCUGAGUGAGGCCAUGAGGAAGUACCCGCCCGUGGGGCUGAUGCAGAGGAGGUGCACCAACGACACGGUGCUGCCGGUGGGCAAUGUGCCUAUUGAGAAGGACAGUAUAAUGGUUGUGCCCAUCUACGCUAUACACAGAGACCCGAAAUACUGGCCUAACCCGGAAGUAUUCGAUCCCGAGCGGUUUUCGCCCGAGAACGCGCCGAAGAUCAAGAAGUAUUCCUAUAUGCCUUUUGGAGAAGGUAGCAGAAUAUGCUUAGGCGUCAGGUUCGGGCGGCAGCAGGUGAAGGCGGGGCUGGCGUGGCUGCUGCGCCGCUUCACGCUGGCGGAGCAGGUGUAUGCGCCCGCGCACUUCGAGCCCAGCUUCUUCGCGCUGCGCGACCCCUAUGCCACUUACGAACUCAUCCCGAGAUACCAUGCGCAGAAGGCGUAGACAACAAACCUUCAAGAUAACAAGUGACCUGCAACACAGAAUAUAUAAUAGUACAAAGAAGGCUCACUCCUUUGAUGUUCACAAAAUACCGCCAUUCUAAAUUCUUACCUACGUUAACAAACGGACCGCACGAGAGCAGCCGACAUUGAAUUCUAUUGCGCCGCGCGAAGAUCGGCACCACUGAAUGGGUCCGUACGCGCGGCAGCCGGCAUGUACUUGUAGCGCGGCUAUAGAAUCGCGGAGUGAGCCGCCCCUGCCUGCAACAAGUUCUGCAAACUGUCUAUUACAAGUUACUGUAUUUGUAGGCGUCAGCAGGUGAGCAGGUGUAUGCGCCCGCGCACUUCGAGCCAGUUUCUUCGCGCUGUGCGACCCCGAUGCCACUUACGAACUCAUCCUAGAUAUCAUACGCAGAAGGCGUAGACAAUAUCUUUUUUAGGGUUCCGUACCUCAAAAAGGAACAACGGAACCCUUAUAGGAUCACUUGUGCGUCUGUCACAGCCAAUUUUCUCCGAAACUACUGGACCGAUUGAUUCGAUUUUUUUUCUCAAAAAUUUCAUCAUUGGAUACUGCCAGCCCGAUAUUUUAGCAGUAUA